UGCUCCUGUAGACCAGACUGAGGUGUGAGGGAACCAUGAGCCGCCCGGAGUAUGAGGAUAUCCUGGAGGGGAAGCGGCAGUACAGUGACCUGGGGUUCUCCAUGGAGGCAUACGAUCCACCACGGUACAAACACUGUAAGCCGCGUGCUCCAGAGAAAGUCAAGGAAGAUGUGCUGAAUUCUACACGAGUGCUCAGUGUCAUUGAACAGCUGGCUACAGAAACGGACCAAUCAGAAGACGAUCUGCUGUCCCAGGCCAGGGCCAUGGUUGAGGAGAUGGGACACAACCUGAGGAUGAGGUCCAUCAGGUUCUUUGCCUACUUCCUCAACAAGAUCUUCAAGGCUCUGUACAAGAGGAUCUAUGUCAAUGGGGAUGACCUGGAAAAGCUAGCUAAGAUGUCGAAGGACCAGCCCGUCCUCCUGCUCCCCUCCCACCGCAGCUACAUCGACUUCCUCAUGCUGUCUUACGUGGCCUACUGUUAUGACUUUCCUCUGCCUGUCAUUGCUGCUGGGGCUGAUUUCAUGGGGAUGAAGUUUGUGGGAACUCUGCUGAGAAACUGCGGAGCGUUCUUCAUGAGGAGGUCAUUUGGUUCAGACAGGCUUUACUGGGCAGUGUUCACAGAGUAUGUUCAGACCCUGAUACGUAAUGGAGACUCGCCCAUGGAGUUCUUUGUGGAGGGGACGAGAAGUCGCACUUCGAAAUCACUCUCUCCAAAAUUUGGUCUCCUGUCAGCAGCUAUUGAACCGUUCCUGACCGGCUCAGUGUACGACAUUACCGUCGUCCCCAUCAGUAUCAGCUACGACCGGCGCCUGGAGGAAACCCUGUACGCCAGGGAGCUGCUGGGGAUCCCUAAACCAAAGGAAUCCACUUCAGGACUGGUGAAGGCACGUAGUGUGCUACAAGAGAAUUAUGGGAACAUCCACGUCUGUUUUGGUGAACCGUUGUCAGUUAGGAAGUUGGCAGAGGGAAGAAUCGACCGCAGUAUUCACGGACUACAUCCAAGACACAUGUCCAUGUUCACCAGUGAGGAGCACACCUUUGUCCAGCACCUUGCCCACCAAGUCAUCCUGGCUCAACAGAAGUACAUGGUCAUCUCACCCUGGUCACUGGUUGCUGCCGUCCUCUCCCAGCAUCCUCAGGGGCUGUUGCUAAAGAAGCUUGUGCACGAGGUAGUCUGGCUGAAGAAGCAAGCAGUCGGUCUUGGUGCCUUUGUUAAUUGGCCAGCUAAGGCAGACCCCAGUAACAUUGUAAAGUCUGCAUUAGAACUUCACCAUCAUGUUGUCACCCUGGGAGCCAAUGGGAGGGUGGUUCUGAACCUCCCGACGCCGACGCGACCCAAGAUGGAGACUGAGAUGGCGAGGAAACACAGGCUGAUGGAGGAGGCCGAGGUGCGGCUGAUGGUCGUCACGGGAACCAACCAGCUGCUCCACGUGUUUGUGAGGGUCGCACUGGUCCUGAUGGCGCUGAGCAAGGAUGGGAGUCAAACAAGAGAUGAACUGUUCAGAAUAUUCGGGUUCCUAAGAAGAUUGCUAGAGAAGGAUUUCAUCUUCAUGCCUGGACAAGAUAAACAGGACUUUGACACAGCAGUGCAGUACCUGUCCAGAGCACAUGUACUUGAGGAGAGAGGAGGUUGUGUCGGAGUUACUGACUCAGGGAAGAAGCUUCAGAGUUUUCUGCAUGAGAUGUUCUCUCCAUUCCUCUUGGGAUACUGGACAAUGUGCCAGUAUCUCCUGACAGCGUCCUCGGAUGAUCCUCGCGGCAGCACCACCCAACAGCUGACCAGGGGUGCACAGGACAUGGCGGCUACCCUUCUGACAAAUGGACUUGUGAAGAGAUUUGAGAUCCUGUCAUUAGACAUGCUGGGGAACUCCAUCACUAGCUUUGUGUCUAUGGGAGCAGUCAAGAGAUUCAAGAGUAAUGGACAUGCGCUGUUUCUUCCUGUCCAAGGAGAGAUCUUCUCUUUAUCCAAACAAAUAGAAACAAUCAUUGCAGUUCCUGACCUGAAGACAGCAGUGCAAGUCAUCCCUGUGAAGUCACGUCUCUGACAAUGAUACUCUAGAGAUGCCUGAUUUUGUCUACCUGAACUACCGUUAAGCACUGGUGUAGGCAGGUACUUGUAUCAAAGGCAUCAUACAAUCUGAAUGAAUCAGCAUGGAUGUAAACUGAGGGCACAAUAAGAAAGAAGGCAGUGGUCACUUUCUUCUUGUGAUACACAUAAACCUGAAUGCUGCUUUAUCUAGAUAGAACAAUUUUACGAUGGGAAGGUGAAUGGAUAUAGGUUCUUCAGGGAUGAGGUAUACGUUAUGUAGGGUGAGGAAUAUAUUUGUAAUGAAGCUGUAACAAAGACAAAUUGGUGACCAUGCGGAAGACGUAACAACUAAGAAUUAUAUUACAAUUAGAAUCAAUACACAGUGUAUAUCUAAGUGUGGAGCCUAUAGGCUGAACGUCGCACCCCUGACAUUUUUAUAUGUAUGUAACAACACAGUUGUUUGAAAAAUCUGCCAUACAUUUGAUAUAAAAAUAUGCAAUCGAGGUUUGCAAUUGAUACAUUGUAUGUGAUCAUGCAGUAAUAAGAAAACAAUGUGCAGCUAAUCAUUUGAUUUAUGUAUUGUUUGGAUGAUAUGAUGCAUUGUUGGAAAUAGAUAGAAUGGUUAAGAACAAUUGUUGGCACCAGGAAUACUCUAAUUUUAUACAAUAGUUACAAAAUGAACAAGCAUUUCAGUAGUUGGUGGGGCAAUUAUUCUAUUUGUACCAGAGAAAAUUGAAAACUCUCUGGGCAAGGACUUUACAGGACAAGAAAAGGGCCUGUAUUCAAUCUGUCAGAUUUCAUAUGUUGUAUUAUCACUCAGUUGUGAUUCAUGUUCAUGCAACUGAAGAUUUUGCACUGAAUAUUUCAGAUUUUCAAGGGAAAGGUUUGUCAUGUAUUUAGUUUUCUAUCUUUGAUUCCAGGAAAGGUAGUGACUUUGAAGCAAUUGUGACAAGUACAGUGCACUUUUUCCAUUUGUUUUGGGUGAUAUAAUGUUACAUGUAUCACUUUCUUUGUCACUGAAGUGCGUACUAGGUUUUGUUACUUUUUUCACCAAAAAAGGCUGUUUAGUACCUUUUGUUUCAAGCUCACAACUUUGAAUACCUUUAAGUUAAUAUUGCUGUGAUUUGUUUCACUCUAUGUACCAUGAUCAUUGGGCAGUUUCCUGAAAAACAGUGAUUUCUUCCUUUUCUGUAGUAUGGCCAGUUUAGUGCAAUGCGGUGUUUAUUUUCUUAGUUAGAGCAUGUGAAAAAAUAUGAAUAAUAAUGAAUUUUUACAUAUUCAAUGGAGGAGGUAAUGUCUUAAUUGCAUUGACAAUAAAAAUUGUUUCAUAGGUAGA